GUUGGGAAGAUUUUCUCUGUCUCUGCUUGAUCUUCUGUGAUUCAUAUGACCCUUCUCCGUGGCUCUUCCUAUAUUCCUCUCGGGUAAAAGAAGAGCAAGAAAAGGGAGAACCAUGGUGUCUCCGACGGUUGAUCUACUCAAGAGCGAGCUUCCACUCGAGCAAGAAAGCGCGGUCUUGGGUGAAGAUGGAGAGACGGGGCUUGUUCUUGUGGACAUCAUCAAUGGCUUUUGCACUGUUGGUGCUGGAAAUCUUGCUCCCAGAGAGCACAACGAGCAGAUCUCGAGCAUGGUAGAAGAGUCUUCGAGGUUGGGCAGGUUGUUCUGCGACAAGAAAUGGCCUGUUCUCGCAUUUCUUGAUUCUCACCAACCCGACAAGCCUGAGGACCCUUAUCCUCCUCACUGCAUCACUGGCACUGAUGAAUCGAAUCUGGUCCCUGCUCUGAGAUGGAUAGAGAAAGAACCAAACGUGACGAUCAGGCGCAAAGAUUGCUAUGAUGGGUAUUUAGGCUCAUUUGAGAGCGACGGCUCCAACGUGUUUGUGGAUUGGGUAAAGAAGAAUCAGAUCAAAACCAUGCUGGUGGUUGGGAUAUGCACGGACAUAUGCGUGCUGGACUUUGUUUGCUCGACCUUAUCAGCUAGAAACCUCGGCUUCCUCAAACCGCUGAAGGACGUAGUAGUGUACUCGCGGGGUUGUGCCACCUUCGACGUCCCUCUCCAUGUUGCCCGAAACACGAAAGGAGCCAUGGCUCAUCCGCAGGAACUGAUGCAUCAUGUAGGCCUGUACAUGGCUAAGGAAAGAGGAGCCAAGAUAGUUGAUCAACUGUGGCUGGAUGGAAAGGAGGCGCCAUAAGCCCAUCACAGUUUGUGUAGAAAUAAGAACAUAUCAUCUGCCACACAAUACUACAUGGCCCCCGUGUGUAAUGUUCCUGUUCAUUCCAUGUCGGAUCGAGUUUCUUGGAGACAUACGAUAAAAUAGGAACAACGGAGAGCAGUUUAGCGCA